UUUAAUUUUUUUCACCUCCUUUUUCUCUCCAUUUUGUUCUAUAAAUUCAACCACUUGAAUUCCACCACCUCUUCCCCCUUCCCCCUCUUCCUUAUACCCCUCCCAACCCAUCCUUUCUCUGAAACUCUGCUAGUUUCUCUGAGAUCUGGUGGAAAGUUUCUAUCUUUUUUAUUUUUUGUUUUAGAUCUGAGACAAAGAAUUGGUUUUUGGUUGUAAAAAUCCAAUCUUGGAAGCUCUCCUUGGCCCAAAGAUCUGAUUUUUGGGAUUGUUUGUUGGGAUAAAUCCAUUUGUUUUUCAUCGAUAGGAAUUAAGUCUCACAUGCAGCGUUUAUUUCUGCUGAGGUUUCUCAUUGAUGUUGCCUAUCCUAAGUGAGGUUCUUCUCUCCGGGUUUAUGAUAAAUUCCACUCUGCGACGCCGGACGCAUCUGGUUCAAUCCUUCUCUGUUGUUUUCCUCUACUGGUUCUACGUGUUCUCAUGAACUCUGCUUCUCCUUCACUGAUUUGGGUUCUAUUAUACUACCUGUAAUAGUUAUUAUAAUUUCUUAGAUUUCUCUACUGCUAUUAAUAUUGCUAUUAUCUGCGGAUAUAAUCUGCUAUAAGAUAUAUAUAUCGGUUGUAGUAAUUUGCCAUAAAGCUUUGAUUUUUGUAAUGGUUUCCUCAAGUGGAACAUCAUCUGGUUCAAGCCAGCUCCAGAACUCUGGCUCUGAAGGUGAUAUCCAGGCAGCCAUGGACCAGAGGAAGCGCAAGAGAAUGCUGUCAAACAGGGAGUCUGCUCGGCGCUCUCGGCUGCGCAAGCAGAAGCAUUUGGAUGAUCUCAUGGCUCAGGUGAGCCAGUUGAGGAAGGAGAACAGCCAAAUUCUCACUACUUUGAACAUCACCACUCAACACUACUUGGGUGUGGAGUCUCAGAACUCUGUGCUUAGGACUCAGAUGGUGGAGCUCAGCACAAGGCUGCAGUCACUCAAUGAGAUCCUCUACUUCAUGAAUGCCAAUAACAACAGCAGUAGCAGCAGCUACAGCAGUAAUAACAACAGUAUUGGCAGCAAUGGUGGUUUGUUCCAUGAUGAGUCUCUGAGACCUUGGAAUAUGAUGUUCAUGAACCAACCUAUGAUGAUGGACAUGUUUCAGUACUGCUAGAUAAAAGAAAAAAAAAAUUGUCUUUUUGGGAGAAGGAUCAAUGAUAGCCUUGGUUAUGUAUAGGAAGAAGGUCUCUCAGUAGUAGUGUAAUGAAUCAUUGAUGUUAUAUUGGUUGGUUCCCAGGGAUGUGUCUUGUCGGUGAUCACCGUCUCUUUUGUAUGUUUGCUGGAUAUUUUUGUGGGAUCACUGAUUGUUAUUUCUGUUUGUAAUGGAAUAAUUACUGUUGUAUUUGAUGGAAAUGAUAAAUUCUCUUGGAUUGGUGGACA